AUGGCAAUGCUGAACAUGGGUGAAGAUGGAGUUGGGUUUCAGUGUGAGGUACCUGAUCAGAAUAAUCAUGAGUUCACUGCCACCGAAAUAGAAGAGCUCUUGUCACUCUUUCUAGCCAACGACGGCCCCCCAAGUCCUGGUUCCGAUUCGCAGGGCUCGCUGCGAACCUCAGCAACUUGUUCGACCAAUGAGAAUGAGAGGAAGUUGCGGCGGAUGAUAUCAAACCGGGAGUCGGCCCGGCGAUCUCGGUGGAGGAAGAAGAGACAUUUGGAAGAUCUAACUAAUGAGGUGAACCGGUUGAUGAUGCAGAACCGGGAAUUGAAGGAUCGGCUAGGUCGGAUUCUGAACAGCCGUCAUAUGGUUAUGAGAGAAAACGAUUGGUUGUGGAUGGAGUCGGUGGGUCUUCGGGCCAGGCUUUCGGAUCUUUGCCGGAUCUUGGCCGUCAUGCAAUAG